CCAUCACACAGCGACCGCCGCUGUCGUGCACAUUCAUCAGUUGGUCUCGCGGGGGGUUGGGGGGGUUGUGUACUCAGCCUCUCACACACACACACACACACACACACAUGACUGCGACAAGACGACAGAGAGAAGUGCCUUCUUCCUCUCCCGCCUGUGGAUCUUGGACUCGGCUGAACCCCGCCACAGUCGUCAGCGCUGCUUCGCUGGGCCGUCGACGCCAUCCACUGCGCCACUGAAACCCUAACGUCGGGGCCCCUCCCUCCCUGCUUGCCUCCCUCCUGCGCAGAUAAAGCCCGAUGUUGAGAACAAACAGAUACAAUCAGCCGCUGUGAGCGGGAAGAAGAUCGUGGCUCUCGUUGUCUUCUCCACCACACCCUCCUCCACCUCCCCUUUCUGCUUCUUCCCAUCAUGAGCCGACGCGAUCAAUAAUGUUUUACCAUCCUUUCGUCUGACAGUCGAGCCGAGGAGCGAGCCGAUAUUUGACCGCUAAAGGCUUCCUAUUUGAGGCAAGCGGGCCCCGAGGAUGGGCUACAGGUUGUAGAGCCUCAAGAGGCCUCCCCUGACUCACAUCCAGACAAAGACCUUUUCGAGCCCACCGUCUCCCAUGUCAUUGACUUUUCCAUCCUCAUUAGCAACACACGGGCGUGCUCAUAAUUGCAUUUGCUGGAUAUACAUUCUUUUUCAUCGGCCAACCUCGGCAACUGCUGUCGCUCCUGUUCCAAAAUGGCGGUGAACGUGACGCCCAUCCGGGACACAAAGUGGCUGACUUUGGAGGUGUGUCGGGAGUUCCAGAGGGGGACGUGCUCGAGGCCGGACAACGAGUGCAAGUUCGCCCACCCCGCCAAGAGCUGCCAAGUGGAAAACGGCCGAGUCAUUGCCUGUUUUGACUCGCUCAAGGGCCGCUGUUCCCGGGAGAACUGCAAGUACCUUCACCCCCCGCCCCACCUGAAGACCCAACUGGAGAUCAACGGGAGGAACAACCUCAUCCAGCAGAAGAACAUGGCCAUGCUGGCCCAGCAGAUGCAGAUUGCAAACGCCAUGAUGCCGGGCACGCAGCUCCAGCCCAUGCCCAUGUUUUCCGUCACGCCCGGCCUGGCCGCCAACGGCAACGCAACGGCGUUCAACCCUUACCUUGGCCCCGUGUCGCCCGGCCUGAUGCCCGCCGAGAUCCUGCCCAGCGCGCCGGUACUGCUCACCAGCAACGCCGGCGUCCCCGUCCCGGUUGCCACGGUGGCGCAGAAACUGAUGAGGACAGAUAGACUGGAGGUGUGUCGGGAGUACCAAAGGGGCAACUGCACCCGUGGCGAAAACGACUGCCGCUUUGCGCACCCGUCCGACAGCACCAUGAUAGACACCAACGACAACACGGUGACGGUGUGCAUGGACUACAUCAAGGGCCGUUGCUCUCGGGAGAAGUGCAAGUACUUCCACCCGCCCGCUCACCUGCAGGCCAAAAUCAAAGCGGCCCAGCAUCAAGUCAACCAGGCGGCGGCCGCUGCAGCCAUGGGGCUCCCUCCCGUCCUGCCCCCUUUACCAAAGAGACCCGCACUUGAAAAAGCCAACGGUGCCAGCAACAUGUUCAACGCCGGUAUGUUCCAGUACCAACAGGCCCUGGCCAACAUGCAGUUCCAGCAGCAGGCUGCCUUCAUCCCGUCGGGCUCGAUAUUGUGCAUGACGCCUGCAACAAGUGUUGUACCCAUGAUGCACGGCCCCACUCCGGCCACUGUGUCUGCAGCCACCACAUCUGCCACAAGUGUUCCCUUUGCAACCGCCUCAGCCAAUCAGAUUCCGAUAAUAUCUGCGGAGCAUCUGACUAGUCAUAAAUACAUGACCCAGAUGUAGGAGGGGCCUCAAUCAGAAAAGUGGAUCUGGAGAGCCAAGACCAGCGAUUCAACAGGCGAGCCGAAUGGGAAGCCGCUGAAUCCACACGUGGCCAACUGAGAGUUUGCUCCAGUCACUUCACCUCCAUUUCAAGAGCGCCUUGUUCCUCCUCUCUGCGAAAGGGAGGGCGCCUUUACCUUUAUUCACCGGGCACACUUUGAAUGUGACGCGACUAAGACGAUGCGCUGCGUCCAGUGAGGCGGAGGAGGAAUCGCGGCGUCUUUUGUACGUUUGUUCAUUGGUUGUCUUUCAUGUGUUUACACAAAGGUGCACCUUAUAUUUCGGUUGAUGGAGACGAAUAAGAAUCUGACUGUGUCAUGAAGGUUUUUAUGUUACGAUAAAUCAACGACAACGAGAAGAAAAAAAAAUAAAGGCCAUACAUGUGCUAAUACGCCAAUGGUACUACGGUCACGCAAAGCAAUCGGCUUUCCCUUUAAGGCAUCACCACUCGACCCGUCACUGCUGAUACGAAAUCCUCAAAUCUUCCGCCAUGAGGUCAACAAAGAUGUAUAAUUUAGUUGCCAUGACAACUGCUAACAGGCGUGUGAUUUGUUUUUGGUUUUUUCGGGAGGUUAUGACACUGUUAGAUGUCGGCCGUGUUUAAGAAUAGUUGUCUGAAUUUUCAGAUUUUCAGCCAAAGUCUUUUUUGGGGGUGUUUUUGUGGAACGACUUAAGCGGGGUACACACAUACUGACAACCGAGCCUUUUUCCUCACUUGCAAUGGUUUUUUGUUUUUGAAUCCGAGACAAGAAUAAAUUAUUUUAGUUGAUUUUAGUUUCAGCAACAGGUAGAUAUUUUUUUCUGAAUAUUUUUUUCUGUAGUUAUGAAUUGCAAUGCAAAGUAAACUUGCAAAUUGCACAAGCAAUUGAUUGGGCAAACUAAAAUAUCUCAGAAUCCUGAUGUGUUAGAAAAAAAAAAAACGUUUUUUUUUUUUUUAUUAAAUCAUCAAACAUGUUUAAGGACAAUUUUUUUUUCUGUUGGCUAGUGUUAUUAGAUGUCUCCCUGACUGGUGUGGUCUGUCUUAAGCAUGAUUUUUUUUUUGCCCCUACCUGAUCUAGGACAGACUUAAAAUUCUGCACUAUUUACAAAGGCAAAUAUAGAGGUAUAUGUGUGUGUGAUUUUUUUUUUUCCUGGCCGUGUGUGAGUGUGGAGUGUCACAUUUCUGAAAGUCAUUUAAAAAUCGGUUUAUGUGUACCUCGCUUUAAGGAUUCAGUGUAGCUCACUCGUACUUCGCCAGCUCGUUUGUAUACAUCUCAUGUAUGAAUAGAAUAUUGAAAGUGACACGAAAAAAACAACAACAAAGGUUACGAUUGUAUCCCUCAUCUAAAGCCUUAGAAUGUACCACCGGGUCAGCACAAUGCAACACACCAUUGGGAAGCCUCAUCUGUGCAAUGCCAACACUCGUUUCAAUUCUUUUUUUUUUUUUUAGUUCUAUUUAUCUCGAUUAUAACGCGUGUUUGAGUGUCUCUUUGUGUGUUCCCUCAUCUUUACCUGAAAUUCUGUGUACGUAUAUGUCUUGAUUUUAGUACGACUUGAUGGUAAUGUUAGUAUUUUGUAUGUUAUGCAUAGUUGCAUACCGACCAUAUGCAGAUAGGUGUUCGUUCACUCCCUGAGUUCUCUUUGUGAGCAACGAGGUCUUCAACGAGUACCUAAGAGUGCGAGUACAACGGAGAGGUCGAGUUGUUGCUAUGGCUACUGUCGCCGGCGACAACCGUUUAGUAUUUUAAUUAUUGUAAGGUUUGUAACUACCCAUUUAAUUAUAUAUAUAUAUAUAUAUAAUUUCUUGGAUGUUUUAGAUAUGUUAUUUUCUACUGUAUCCAUUUCAAAUUUAAUAAUAUAAUUGUUGAAAUAUUUUUACUCCUUGGAAAUUGGGCCAUGUUGGGAAAACAAGCUGCAUAUUUUUUUUUUUUUCCUCUGUGGGAUCCCAUGACAGGAAGUCCACGCCCACUCAGCCAAUUGUAAAACAAAAUGGAGGGCAGGGGCAAACUCCCGAGGCGAUAAAAGGUUGACUUUUUGCACUUCUGUACAUAGUCAAGAAAAGAGAGAAAACAUGUAUAUUGAGAUCUUAUUUUGAAUAAAAAAAAUGUGUAUGAGGACAGAGCGUUUUGUUAGGAUAACCACACAGAAAAAGGCUGAACAAAAAAAAAAAAAAAAAAAAAAAAAACGCUUGCAUCCAAAGGGCGCUGAUUUGUCUUUCUCUAACCCCUCCCCUUUUCAGGAACGCUCUCCUUUUUUUUUCUUUUUUUAAUUAGUCAGCAGCUUGUAGUUUGCCCGGUAACCGCCCAGAGGAGGGGGGAACUGGGGGGGGAUCCACUACACCCCCCCCCCCCGCACUGUCAGGCCUGUGAGGCCCAAACAUAACACGUACUGUCUCUUUAAUCAGGAGACAAAUGCAUGUUAAACAUAUUAAAAAAAAAAAAAAAAUCACAGUACUAAGACUAAAGAAAACAUGUUACAGAUAAAAAUGUAUUUACAAUAUUCACACACUAUCCAUAUGUAAUGGAAUAAGAUAUUUAUAGAAAAAGAAUAUAUAGAAUAGUGGUUUAUUUGAAAAAAAGAA